UUUCCGUCAAUAGCUAAAUAUAUAUCUUCCUCGACUCCGACAAGAAUAGGGUUCCACCGCCGCCGCCGCCGCUCGCCGGAGAGAGAGAGAUGAAGAGCUUCCCGGUUGCCGGAGGCCGCAGCGUCUCCCUCGGCCUCUUCUCCGACGUCUCCAACAGCUGGGAGCUCCUCGAGCUGAUGCAGUCAGGGAAGCUGGAGCCGGAGGUCGCAUUCCUCAACGCAUCACUGGUGCCGGAUGUGUUCCCGGUUCUCGCGGCGGCGCACAAGGCGGUGGUGUCGCAGGGGAGGGAGUCUCUGACCACAAGAACUCUGCAUUCGGAGCUCGUCUAUAACUACUCCGGGUCUAAGCAUAUAACGGAGUCUUUGAAACGAUGCGGAAUCUCCGACGACACGAGUUAUAUCCUUGCAGCUCGUUUUGAUGCUUCGAAUGAGGAGAUAAAAGCUGUGGAGAAGCUCAUCUGUGGCACUGAGAUUGAUCUAGCGGAACUGGAAACAAGAGCAAACCAGCCACAGAUCCUGAAGCAUUAUAAAAUAACUCCCCAGGAACUAUCAAUAUCUACACUGCCCGAUGCAAUUGUAUGCAGGAUUGCUGCUCGAGAUGCCCUUUGAGUGACAUCACGGAUCAAGAUUGAAAUCUGGGAGGCCUGGUGGUUUUUUGCACAUGAUGAUGUGGUACCGGUAUGUUUGUUACUGUAUGAUGAUGGUUGCUAGUACUACUGGACUACUGGUGCCUUGGGUUCACGUGCUGCUGGGACAGCGUUGCAGCUGUCGUUUCUGUCCAAGAGAAAAACAUGGACAGAGAAGCUGGUAACCUGCCCGCCAUUGCAGCUGUUACUGCAAAUUCCAGUUCAAUGUUUCUUUUGCAUGAUCCAUCAAUCUAUCAUGCAUGUAAUUUGAAAUUCAAGAACCCCACUGGUUUUGUUUUUUGUUUUUUUGGCCAAAACACUCUGCUGUGUUCUGUUUGUUUUUGGAGUCUGUAUGAUGGUAUCUGUCAGUAUCAUUAUCUUGCUCAUCAGUUCGUCUAUCAAUUGGGACAACAGCCACCAAGUUUUAUUUUGGCCCUGUAUGUUCCUUUUUCAUUUUGGUUCAAAAGGCAUCUUAUUAAUGUGUCUAAAAAAAGAGGGCAUCUUAAAUUGAAAUCAGGUGGUUGCUAGACCGAAAAGGCCAGUUGUGAUCUUGUCCUGUAGCUGUAUGUUUUGGCGUUGCCUUUCCAGAGAUGCCAUGCCAACAUGAUGUAAUCAUCUCAUUAUGAUAUAAA